GCCACUUUUGACAGGUCUUCAACAGACAGUUGAACUAGUAUUGAAAAUAAGUAACAGUAGAUGUGCUUUAGAGAUGGAUAGCCUUAUAGACAAAGCAGAAGAUGGAAAUGUAGACGAUGUUGCUGAAAUGCUCUGCAAAGUACAGAAUAAAGAGGUCAUUGACACCAUAGAAAAAAGAUUGCGCAGAGAAAAGGGGGAUGCAGUCUCUGUCAUUAGAACUGUUCUACAAGCUUCCACAAAGGCCACUGGAGGAAGAAAGAUUGGCGUCAGUCUGUGUAAGAGGCUUAUAGAGACUUUGGAGAGAAAUGAAUUGUCCAGUAAACUGGCAUCAAAUCUAACAGGGAUGCUGCUGACAGAGAUUGACAUACUACAUAGCAGUGCGUUGGCAGAAAUAUCCUCCGUAUUCGUAGAUAUGGUCAAAAGUGGAGCCAUUCAGUGUGGAAAAGGUCUUGCCCUGCUACCGAAGAUUCUGUCCGCUUUAGCUCUAGAGGAGACUGUUUCCUAUGGGGAGAGCUGUCUGAAUGGAGAACAGUACAAAAAUCAUGUCAUCAACAGUGUGUGUUCAUGCAAGUGGAACACCCAAAGUGUAUUACAUUUAGCUGCCAUGUUCAAGGACAUUACGUUAACCAGUGAAGAACUAAAAUUUGUCCUGGAGAAGAUCCUAAGGAUGAUGAGGGAGUUAGAACUGGCAGAUUUACCUGCCCUUGUCUAUCAACUUCUACUUCUCUCCACCAAGGGUCACAAAAAACUUGUAAUUGAUGGAGUCACAAAAUAUUUCAUAGAGCAGGAUGCAAAAUAUAAAGAUCAUGAUCCAAAUGAGUUCAGCGAGGAUCUGUUAGAGGGAGAUAACUUCAGCAUAGAGACCUUGCGACAAACUGAGGGAACUAUCAUACUCCAUCUUAAUUUUGCCAUCAGCAUGGACCAAGAGCUGGGCAGAGAGUUUAUUAAGUUUCUCAAGGGUAACCAGUCGGACACAUCUAAAGUCCUGGCUCCGUUUGUUCUGGCCCUGUCCCUCUCACUGUCAAGGAUUCACAGGUUUGAAGGGCAGAUAUUUGAUUUGCUAAAGGCUACAGUAAUUAAGAAUUUUAAAGACAGUGAGAAACAGAAACAGUCCAAGUGGGUGAGGGAGAUGGUUCCAGACUCUUGUGAAGUACAAGAUAGUGUUCUAUCAACCAUACAAAACAGUAAACAUGGCUGGGAUCAUGUGAUACAAGGCCUUGUCCAGCUGGGGUUUGGUUUGAUGGAUGCCUGUGGCCCCAAGGGAGCAUUUGGUCGCAUAGAGACUGGGAGCGUUCAGAACGGCCCAACCCACUCCACCUGCAUGCUGGGAAGCAAGAUCCUUCUACACACAUUCAAAACACAUGACUUGGUGAGAGCUGAAAUUUUGGAGCAGAUUUUCAAUAGGGUUGUUACCAAGGCAACAUCACCUGUCAGUCAUUACUUAGAGCUGCUCUCCAGCACAGUUAUGUCGGCCCCACAGAGACUCCUGGAGUCCUCCACCAAGGUACGUGAGGUGUUUGACUAUCUGGCCUUCCUGCUGCCCUCCACUGCAGAGGAGUUACUGAAGGCCAUCCACCCACUGCUGAAACUCAGUAUGUCUCUGAGAGAUUCACUCAUCCUGGUCCUGAGGAAAGCCAUGUUCUCCAGGCAGCUGGAUUCCAGGAAGAUAGGCGUGUAUGGGUUCUUGAUGUUCCUCAAAAAUUUUCGUAUUCUUGGUGGAUUGCCCUCAAGUCAGGCUAGUCAGUCCUUCUCUUCAAGUCAGGUACAAGUUGACGUCCAUACUCGAUACAAUCCUGCCAGUAAUGAAGCGCUGUGUUUAGAAGUCAUGGGUAAUCUUCGUCGUGUUCUAACUCAGCAAGCUGAUGUCAGACUCAUGUUUUAUCAGGGGAUAUAUGAAGCUUUGUGUAAAAAUACACAAAUUCUUGGGACAGUUUUAGAGAUUCUCUUAUAUCAGCUGAAAAAGUAUUAUGAGCCAACAGAAGAUGUAAACCCUCCUGUGAAGUUAAAUCUUUGUAUCACGGCCCAGGGAGACCAGAUGUACCUGGCUGAACCAUUGGCUCACUUGAUUUGUUGUAUCCAGCUUUGUCUGAUCAAGGUCAGCGAUAUUCGUCGCCAUCAGGAUGGUGACCAUGAUGACACGGUUACGGAGGACUCGAACCAGACUCAGCAGGAACUGGAGGACAUGAUGGACUCUCUGGUCACCAGAAUGAUUAAGUCUGAGAUGGAGGACUUUGAACUGGAUAAAUCAGCAGACUAUUCACUAGCCACCAGUGUCGGAACAAAGAACAACAUUUUUUCCAUCUUGGUGCUGGGGAUGUAUGAAUCUCUGAUGGAGUAUACCUUCAACACUGGGCAGUACAGUGAGUCUAGCUUGCGGCAAACUUUACAGCUGUAUGAUAAUUACAAGAAACUGAGUGAUGUUCUGAAGGAGAAGGCUAGCUCUGCCGCGGGAAAGAAAGGCAAAGUUCCAACAGGACACAAGACGGCUCUCAGCUUGCUAUCUAUCAGGAGUACCACGGAAAUCCUGCGGGCGCUUAUCAGUGAAACGGCGCCAAGUUUAACAGAAAACUUGACUAUUCUGAGAGAGAAUACAGACUUCAGAAGACAUAUUGUCAAUGUGGCCUUGCAGAAGAUUCAGCAGAUUCAGGAGAAGGGUGUGUGUGACGGGGCAGAGGGAGGGGACAGGACCAAGCUUCUACAGCAUCUCAUCAAUAUGGCUAAAAUAUUCAUCACAUAUUACACAGAAAAUCAGCGAAUGGAAGAGGAUGGAAAGAGAGACAAGUCUAAAUACAUCAGUGGACCGUGUCUGGAGGGGCUGAUGGGAAUCAUGACCAUCAUAUCUCAGCGAUAUUCUGACCAGUUCUGCCACUGCCUCUGUGAAAUGGUCAGAUCUGAUGAAUCUGAGGACCCACAAGAAGACAUUUACAGGCACAUUAAAAAGUAUCAGAGACUUGUCAUGAACAUUUUGAUAUCAGAUGCUGAAGACAAGAACAUGAAGGAGGUUCAACUUUUGCUGGGAGUAAUCCAGAUUCUCUGCAAGCAACUGUAUGGCACAGGAAGCCAGUUUGAGAUGGUUCUGGACUGGAUUCACAAACUUUGUUCAGAGCAGAGUAUUGAUGAUAUUCCUACCUGUAAACUUCUGUUCUCCAUGUUGAUGGCCUUCACCCAGCAGGUCAAGAGUUGUCCGCCCUUGUUGAGGGAUCUAUCACAGGACAUACAUAGUCAGCUGGGAGAUAUUGAUCAGGAAACUGAAGUAGAGGAUAAGACCCACUUUUCCCUUGUGACUCCGAGAACUGCCGCUCCUAUUCUGCUUAACCUAGUUCUACAGCAGACAGAAAGGGAACUGGACGAUACAGACUGGGUGGUGGCCAGACUGAGAGGAGAGGCUGGACAGGCUAGUGAUGAAGAAGAGAUUGACCUAACCCAGAAGGAAGGUCACGAGAGGAGCAUUUGUACAAGACUGGGUAUACUGGUCACUGCAUUCCAUGAACUUGUCCAGUCAGCCAUUCCGGUCGGUGCUUGUAUGGAGAACAUGGUCAAGCAGGCCACAAGACUAUAUGGCACACUGACUGUUCUCGUGAAAUAUUAUUUGAAUCUGUAUCAGCAACGUACUGGCCAUCUGUCUUCAAGGUUCGAAAAGCUUGUAAAGUUGAUUGGUACUCACCUGACCCAGCAUUGCUAUGGCAUGAUCACAUAUAUACAGCAAACAGAGAGCGAGCAAAUGCAGCAGACAGUGGAUAAGAAGAAAAAGGACAGAAAAAAGCAAGCCGCUGCUCUGAAUGCUGGGAAGGUGCGUUUUAUGAAGGAAUCUAGAACAAUCCCAAACCUCAUCUUCUCCAUUGAAACAUUGGAAAAGUUCCUGAUACAGCUGACCAAAAAAUCUAAGGUGAAUCUGAUGGAACAUAUGAAGAUGAGCACAUCCAGAGAUUUCCGUAUCAAUGUGGCUACAGUACAAGCUGUGAUGGAAAACGAUUCAGGUUCUUCAGAGGAGGAGGAAGAAGAAAACAAUGGAAAUGAAGAGGACCAGGACAAUGAGGAGGAUGAGUCAGAGGAGCGGGAAAAUACAGUCCCCGCCAACAAACGCCCCCCAGAACCAUUGGAUCCACCGCCAACAAAAAAAUUUAAACUGGGAAAAAAGGCCAGGUCUGACGUGGUGUAGCAAUGCACUGCAUAGAGUUGAAGUCUCGUUUGAUUUGUUAUUGUAAUGACUUUGUGAAGAUUUAUUACUUAGAUAUGUAUGUGCCAAAUAUUACAUGAAUGCACCAUGUAUUUGUAAACCUUAGUACGGUAACAUUAAAUAAUAUGAAAAUGAA